GUAUGUCUGUGGGUCAUUUCUUUGGUGGUUGGUUCUUUUCCGUUUGUCGGAUCGAAAAUGGAAGUGCAGAUAUUUUAAGUAAUUUAUUUUACCGAUUGCAUCCGUAUCCAUCCUUUAAGAAAAUACUAGGUUGUGUAUGUAUUAUAAUUUCUGCGGUUUGGACGGAAUACUUGACAAUUAGUUUGUGAAUCACAAAUAGACCAAGAUGAAGUUGAACAAGUUGGUAACGGCAUCGAGGCGGAAAAACCGCAAACGUCACUUCCAAGCACCAUCUCAUGUUAGACGUCGCUUGAUGUCUGCUCCCUUGUCGAAGGAGCUCAGGCAGAAAUACAACGUGCGCACCAUUCCGAUUCGCAAAGACGACGAAGUGCAGGUGGUCCGUGGCCACUACAAAGGUCAGCAGGUGGGGAAAGUGGUGCAGGUGUACAGGAAAAAGUUUGUCAUCUACAUAGAAAGGAUCCAGCGCGAGAAGGCGAAUGGGGCCAGCGUGUAUGUGGGCAUCCACCCCUCCAAGACAGUGAUAGUAAAGCUGAAAAUGGACAAGGAUCGCAAGAGGAUAAUAGACAGAAGGUCCAAGGGCCGGCUGGCAGCUCUUGGCAAGGACAAGGGCAAAUACACAGAAGAUUCAGCAGCUGCUGCGACUACCAUGGAAACUUCGUGAAGUGUAACUGUACCCAAUAAACAAAUUUAUAUCUCUAAACUGAAA